AGUUUGGACAGUAACCCAAGCCAGUACAAACAGCCCAAAUAUAUCCACAGUCACUCUGCGGUUGGGGAUUGAGUGGGCAUCUGGAUGCAGACUGUGGCUAGAGAACAGACCAAAGAAUAACAGAAGGAAAAAAAAGUUUAGGAGCUUUGUUUUAUCUUUGUCUGGGAUGAACUUUACUUUGGGCUUCAAACCAGCGAUGGGAGAUUCAAGUUCAGUGGAGAACUUAGAGAAACAACUCAUUUGCCCCAUCUGUCUGGAGAUAUUCACCAAGCCUGUGGUCAUCCUACCCUGCCAGCAUAAUCUCUGCAGGAAGUGCGCCAAUGAUGUUUACCAGGCCUCCAACCCUCUUUGGCAAAACCGUGGCCCUGUGUCUGCGGGGGGACGUUUCCGCUGCCCGUCAUGUCGUCAUGAAGUGGUAUUGGACCGGCAUGGAGUAUAUGGGCUUCAGAGGAACCUGCUAGUGGAGAACAUCAUUGAUAUCUACAAAUCAGAGUCUACCAGGCCACUCCUGCCCAAAACAGAGCAACAGCAGCUGAUGUGCGACCAGCACGAGGAGGAGAAGAUCAACAUCUACUGCCUCACCUGCGAGACACCGACAUGCUCCAUGUGCAAAGUGUUCGGGGCUCACAAAGACUGUGACGUGGCUCCGCUGCCAGACAUUUACAAGAGACAGAAGACGGAGCUGAGUGAUGCCAUAGCCAUCUUGGUGGCCGGAAAUGACAGAACACAAGCCCUGAUAUCACAGAUGGAGGAUAUUUGUAGGACAGUCAAGGAAAAUGGUCAUCGGCAGAUGCAGUACAUCUCAGAUAAGUUUGAUGAACUUUACGCCAUCCUAGAAGACCGCAAAAGGGAACUAAUAGAGACUGUUGGCCGUGAGCAGGACCAAAAACUGAGCCGUGUGCGCUCCCUCAUCCGUCGCCACGGAGAUCACUUGGAGAUGUCUGUCAAACUUGUGGAGACAGCCAUACAGUCCAUGGAAGAACCUCAAAUGGCUGUGUUCCUGCAGAGCGCAAAGGAAGUGUUCAAAAAGAUCACAGACACUGCCAAGGCUUCCAACAUUGAGCGGACGGAGGCGGGCUACGAGAGCAUGGCCCACUUCAUCAUCAACACGGAGAACGUGGCCGACACGCUGAGAGGCAUCGACUUCCAAACAGGUGAAGAUGGGGAAGACAGCGGUGAUGAAGGCCCUGAAGACCUGACCACCUCACCUGGUCAGGCUGGUGAAUCAGGGAGACGCAUAUAACUUAUUUUUAAACCCAAGGGUAUUUCCUGUGCUGACUUAAGAGAGACUAUGAGGAGGUUUUCUUUAAUCCUUUCAACAUGGCGAGAGCUUCUUUCAUCUGGUAUUUUGUGUUCCUAAAAGUCUGAGCUAUAGUUCAGUAAGAAUUACAAAUUUCUUCAUAGCUUCUACAUCCUGGAUGUUCAUAACGAUUCUAUGUAUGAUGCUAUUUUUGGUGUUUUUUUUAAUCUUAGAAUGAGCUGAGGACAUAGGAAAUCUGAAAAUAUUUGUGGUUUGUUCAAGUGUGUGUGUGUGUGUGUGUGUGUGUAAAUCACCAUUUAACAUUUAAAGGGGUCAGCAAUGUUUUUGAAAGACUCUUAUGCUCACCGA